UUAAAGAAGAAGUUGACCAUUUUUGAUGACGUUUAUUGUAUCGAUUUGAAAGUCCGUGUAGCAAGCUGUGUAGCGAUAUGUGCUAAUAAAAAGGCACGUAUUCGCACAUUACAACGAUUUAUUUGUCUAUUAGUUAUAUUUUAUAAGGUCUAUUUACCCUGCCAGGAAUAUCUUUAGGGGACACACACUUUUCACGCCACUUCGAUACAAAGUUAUUUUCGUAGCAGGUUAGGAGAACCUUUUCGCCAAUCCGAACCCUUUUCCUAACCUUAAGCCCAGUGUCCGAACCUGCUACGUUAAUUCUCCUAACAUACUAAGUAAAUUAUUCUAAUUUACUGCGUACGUUCUCCUAACCUGCUCCGAAAAAGUUACUUAAACUCUGAGAACGAUGUCGCUUUACGACGACAUGGGUGUCGGGAGUGCGACCAGUGACACCAAGACCGAGGGCUGGUCCAAGAAUUUUAAGCUACUGCAAUCACAGCUGAAAGUAAAGAAGGCAGCUCUGACUCAGGCUAAGAGUCAGCGGAUGAAGCAGGGUACUGUCCUGGCACCAGUUAUUGACUUAAAGAGAGGAGGUUCGGCUGAUGACAGACAGAUAAUAGACACACCCCCACACAUUGCAGCAGGACUCAAGGACACAGCACCCAGCGGGUUCCCCUCGGGGGACGCGCUAAUCCCCCUGGCUGAUGAGUAUGACCCCAUGUUCCCCAACGACUACGAGAAGGUGGUGAAGAGACACCGUGAGGAGAGGCAGAGGCAGAGAGAGCAGGAACGACUGAAGGAGAUAGAGGACAGAGAGAAGAAGAGGAAGGACAGACACGAGGGCAGCAGCGCUCCGAGUGGAUUCUCCCGCUUCCCCGCGGCAGAGGGAGAGUCUGAUGAGGAGGAGGAGGACUAUGAGAAGGAGAAGAGGAAAAGGAGUAUGGGUGGAGCAGCCAUCGCCCCACCCUCCUCACUCGUGGAUAGUAGAGACAGCUCGUCAUACUCCUAUGAGGAUGAGAUGCGACCCUCCCGUGGUUCUAAAGCAGCCAUCCCUCCCCCCAUGUACGAGGACUCCGAACGCCCCCGCUCACCACCUGGCGGUCCCACCAACUCAUUCCUGGCCAACAUGGGAGGGACCGUGGCCCAUAAGAUCAUGCAGAAGUAUGGCUUCCGGGAGGGCCAGGGGCUGGGCAAACACGAGCAGGGUCUCAGCACGGCCCUGUCUGUAGAGAAGACCAGCAAGAGGGGUGGCAAGAUCAUCAUAGGAGACGCCACUGAGAAGACACCAGGAUCCAGUAGCCAGACGGCAGCAGCUGAGCCUUUAGGCUGGGGCUCGGCUUCAAUAGUGGACCCCUCCAAGAAGUCAGAGGCCAACCCCCUCACAGAGAUCCUCAAAUGCCCCACCAAAGUCGUGCUGCUACGGAACAUGGUGGGCAGAGGAGAGGUGGAUGAAGAUUUGGAAGGGGAGACCAAAGAAGAGUGUGAGAAAUACGGCAAGGUCAUCAAGUGUGUCAUCUUUGAGAUUGCUCAGGUGACAGAUGAUGAAGCAGUGAGGAUAUUUCUGGAGUUUGAGAGAGUCGAGUCAGCCAUCAAAGCUGUGGUGGAUCUGAACGGGAGGUUCUUUGGUGGUCGGGUGGUAAAAGCCUGUUUCUAUAACCAGGAUAAGUUCAGAGUGUUGGACCUGGGAGAGCAGAUGUGAGACACAGACGCGCAGUCCAUCCCACCUGAAUCAUUAAGACCCGCAUCAUUCAUACCCACAGGAACAGAAGAAAUGCUCUGACACACACACACACACAUUGAUAAUCACCAGUAGCUCUUUCUGUCUCUAAGUAGCUAAACCAUUAUACUCUCAACAGCAGCACAAUGUGUCUGUAUUUACCUAAGUGUUUCAUCUGUAGUUUGUUUUGCCAGCAGAAAAAUCCUGUAUGUGAGGUAAUGAACUACUGUCUUGGUCUCUGUGUCCUGAUAUGAACAUGUACAAGUGAAACCUGAAAAUAAAUGUUCCUUUUGUUUAAAA